GUCAAUAAAGGUGUAUAAGACGGGCGGGAUGGGGAGCUCUGCCCCCCCCCGUCUCCCCAGUUCCCCUCUCCUGGGUGUGUCUCUGACUCUCCUGUUGCAGUGACCAGUUGUGUCCCCUGCUCACGGCAGGGGCUUGGAGCCAGGAUGCCUGGAUUCUGUUUCUGCCUUAGCCACUGACUCACUGGGUGACCUUGCACAAGUCAUUCCAUGCCUCCGGUCCCCAGUUUCCCCAGCUUUAAGAAGCCCUUGAAGCACUUUGAGAGUGCAAUUUGUAAUUCACAUUAGAGUGUUACGCUUGUGAACUUUAGUAGGGUUGUGGAUCAGGGCACCUAGAGCUUCAAAUGAGCAUCCUUUAUUAUAUAAACUGAAAUAAAUCAAUUGGGAAAUUCCCCAAGCAACAUCCACAGAAAAGCAGCUGCUAGUCAGACUGUUAAGUAUGCAGUGCUGUGCCAAUGUUGCUUUAAAUUAUUGUAUCUCUGGAAUAUCUUUUCUGUGCAAUGUUAAGGUUCCAAUUUAAAUAGCCUUGUUUUGUUUUGCACAUUUAUCAUUUUGUUUCUAGAGGUGAUAAGGGAAGUUAUUUGUCCAGGGUCACACAAUAAGCUAGUAUGUGAGCUGCGAAUAGAACCCAAGAGUCCUGAGCCACCAGAGCAGGAGACAAUACUUCCUCCUGAGUGGGAUGUGCCAGGUGGCCUGGUCUGAGCUGCUUGAGCAUUUCCCGGUGCUCUUAGCUGGUGUUUGCAGAAAUUGGUCAUGUCGCAUGCUGCAAAACAGCUGGCCGCUGGGAUCUUACAUGCCACCGGCAAAGGCCAGCAUGGAAACUUCCUGGUCGCCAUCAAGCAGGAGAAGGGGGAAGUUCCCCGGACCAGCAGCGAGAAGCCCCAUGGCGAGGAGGAGCCAGUGAAGAAGAGGGGCUGGCCCAAAGGGAAGAAGAGGAAGAAGAUUCUGCCCAACGGCCCCAAGGCCCCAGUGACUGGUUAUGUCCGCUUCCUGAAUGAGCGCCGUGAGCAGAUCCGCAUGCAGCAUCCUGACCUGCCCUUCCCAGAGAUCACCAAGAUGCUAGGAGCCGAAUGGAGCAAACUGCAGCCCACAGACAAACAGAGGUACCUGGAUGAGGCGGAGCGCGAGAAGCAGCAGUACAUGAAGGAGCUGCGGGAGUACCAGCAGUCAGAGGCCUACAAGAUGUGCACGGAGAAGAUCCAGGAGAAGAAAAUCAAGAAAGAGGAUGCUGGUUCUGUGUCUGUGAACACUCUGCUGAACGGGCACCCGCACAAGGGCGGGGACUGCUGCGGGGACGGCUUCUCCACGUUUGAUGUGCCCAUCUUCACCGAGGAGUUCUUGGACCAGAACAAAGCACGGGAGGCCGAGCUGCGGCGCCUGCGGAAGAUGAACACGGAGUUCGAGGAGCAGAACGCCAUUCUGCAGAAGCACACAGAGAGCAUGAGCUGCGCCAAAGAGAAGCUGGAGCAGGAGCUGGCACUGGAGGAGAGGCAGACGCUGGCCCUGCAGCAGCAGCUCCAGUCCAUCCGGCAGGCUCUGACCACCAGCUUUGCUUCCCUCCCCAUCCCAGGCACUGGAGAGACCCCCACGCUGGGCACCCUGGAUUUCUAUAUGGCCAAACUGCACAGCGCCAUCGAGAGCAACCCGCUCCAGCACGAGAAGCUGGUCGUACGCAUCAAGGAGAUCCUCUCCCGGAUAGCCAGUGAACACUUAUGAAAGGCCUGAUGUGUCCUGCGGCCCAGCGCUGACUCAGACUGGGACCCUCAGCCACCUUCUCCCACCCGCCCUGACACCUGGAAUCCGCUGGAGCCUUGUGGCUCAGCACCUCCGCCUUGCACAGAUCUUUGCUGGAGAAGGCCUUUGAACGGGUUGAGUAACUCUUGGUCCUUCCGUGCAGCUGAGAACUGUGGGCCAGGCCUCUGUGGGGUCUUGGGGGGCAGGCUGCCAAGCAGGGACAGCAAGGCAGCUUGCAGGGUCACUUUUUGGCUCCUCCUGAGCCCUUGGCUCGCUGACUGCCAGGGCUAGGGCUUAGUGCAGCGCCCCAGUGGUAUGACUGGAUGUGCUGCAGGCUCCGCGUGCCCCAUUGCAAGUUGGCCCUCCAUUCUCCAGCGAGGCCCCAAGAUUGUUCAGUAAUGCUGAAAAUCCUGCAGCAGUUGCAUUAAAUUAAACCACACAGCCUUAAAGCUGACCAGAAGCUGCCCCUGGCCGCUCACUGUGACAGUAAAUCAGGCGUAUCUCGGGCUGGCCCCACCCUCCAGUUGUCAAGGUGAUGGAGGAGUCUGUCUUGCCAAGGCAGGGCAGAAGUGCUCGUUGCUGGGGGGGUGCUGGUGUAGACCAGGCACUGCUGCCCUUACCCACGUCACCUAGACCUAUGCUGAGCAGAAGAGGACACAACAAUGAUAAUGCCACUGUCCUGCCUACGUUAGUGCAACCUCCCCUAGAGCUGCAUCAAUAUUUGGGCAAAAAUAGAUGGGUUCCUCCUUCCCCCCCACACAAACAAGUCUACUGUAGACCCAGCCCAAGCUAUCAGCAGUGAAAUGGUUCAGUGUUGGCAUUGAAACUACCAUUGUUAGGUUUCAGAGUUAACCCAUUGCAGUGAAUGGGGCUGUUCACCCCCUUGGAGCAGUUGUUUCAGGCUGUCUACAGACUCAGGCGCUCACACUUGAGUCAUAUGAGGGCUGUUGCUCUUUGAUGAGCGCUGUGAUCCUGGCACUGUGUAGUGGGGUGGGAGCUCUGCUCCCCUACCCCUAAAAUAGCAUGGCUGAGUAUUAUGGGAAUUGCCCUGCUGAGCCCUGCCCAAGGGGGCCUGGGGAAGCCAUGUCUGCAUGCCAGGGUCAGGCCAGCUCACUUGUUCUCAGCAUGGGGUCCUCUGCCUUAGUUAGCUAAGGGGCAUGUUUGUAGUGUGGAUGGGACCAGCUCGGUCAGAACUGUGCCGGGACCAGCCUGAUCAGUCUGGUUACAGUCCUGCUGCCCGGAACAGGUCCCUGUCUGCAUUUGAGUCUGUGGUGUAGAUGGGCCCUUAUCUAAUCUUAGGGUCUGUGUUCACUGCUGAGUUAACCAAAGCUCUUACUCCAGUGGAACCUCAGCCCACUCCUGUCCACACACAAUCCUGUCCUCUGAGUUUGGUGGUGCUUUCAACCGCAGCUUGCUGGCCCGGGUGCUGCUUUCACUCGGCUGGGAACCUGCCCGCUUUGCAGUGGGGACGCAGGCAAAAUCACUCAGUGCUGACAGUCCUCUAGCGACUUCACACAGUUUCCCCCCGUGUGCCCAGUAGGACAGACAAGUUCUCCCACGCUUCACUGGGAAAGAUCCCUAGAGUGGCUCAGCUCACUGCAGCACAAAGCACCUGGAAAAAGCCCCUGAUGUCCUCAUGACACCCAGGUGAGAGCCAUGCCAUUGCGGGCACAGUAACAGGUCAGGUGCUACUCGCCCUGGCUGGGCUGGCCUGGGCUCAGACUUGGGUGCAGAUCACCUGUGUUACUCUGCAGUGUAGUCAUACCCCACGAAGUGUAGGCAUGAGUCUCCAGGGUUAUCGUGUUCAAUUCCCUGCCAUCCUGUCCUGAGCCCACAGGGGCUGGGAGGGGCAGAUGCUGCUGAGGGUGGGCAGACAGCACCCAUUUAAUUGCCCAGUAGGUGCCCGGAGCUCUGGGGAGGUGGGACAGUGCGGUGUAGAGAGCUGUGCCCUGGCGGGAGGGCGCCAUUCUCUGUGCAUGGACAGGGUGGGAGCCCCACUCCAUCCUGGUUAAUCCUGCAGACGCCGCACCAGAGAUGGCCACUGAGGGCAUGUCUACAUUGCAGUUCAAACCCACAGCUGGACCAUGCUGGCUGAUUCGGGCUCACGGGAUCUGGGCUACAGGGCUGUGUAAUUGUGGUGCAGAUGUUUGAGGUGGGAGGGUCCCAGAGCACUGAGCCCGAAAGCCCCUUAGCCCAAGCCCUGCAAGCACAAGUCAGCUGGCCCAGGCCAGCCACGGGUUGUUAAUUGCAGUGCAGACGUGGGAUCACCUCUUAACACUUGCCAGUCAGCCAUAAAGACUAGAGAUGUGGUCUGGCUCCAAACGCCCUCACAGCUGGGGCAGGGGGCCCGUCCCGGCUCGGACAUUUCAUUUAUUUUUACAAAGAAGUUAUUUAAUCCAGUCUGAAGUUGACUGUGACUAAACCUCUGGGUGAGCAGAGAAGAGUCGCUCAGUUCCCUCCCGGAGCCUCCUUCCGAUGGGUGAACCCCACAUGGUGCCCUCUUGCUUCGGGACGCACAUUGCUAAUCCCUCUCUCUGUUGGUCUGGCCCGUGAGAGAUGGGGCUGGAGUGUGACGCUCUGGGCUGAGGGUGUUAGAUCUGAUCCCAGCCCCUCUCCAGGCAUUUUGCUGGUCAGAAUAGGGACCAAACUGCUGUGCCAGGGUGAUGCUGACAACUUGCCUGCAGCUUCUAGCGCCAGGCACUGCCAGCUCCGGUCACAGCGAGCAGCAGCUUCGUCUGCAAGGAGCGUGGUAUGCGCUGUGCACUGCGGGGAUGUGGCAGGAUCCGUCCUUCCCUGGGGACGUACCAUCUGUAUGUGCUACCACUUAGAAAUGCCUGUCCCCAACCAUGGCACCUGGCAGCAUUCCAGCCCCAGCCCUGCUCCGCCAGUAACACUGUGCUUUUCCACCUAUGCUCCGCGGACCCCUGGGCAGUCACCGACUAUGUCUAAGGGGUCCAUGAAAGGGUGCCGUUACCAUAGCACGGUGGUUUUCAGGGGUCCACAGACUGGGUAAGAUUUCCAAAGGAGUUUGCACCUUCAUUCAAGAUUUUGUAGGAGUCUGUAAAUGAGAAAAGGUUGCAAACCCCUGGAAUAGCAGGUCUUGCGUGGCUGAGAACAGCUUCUCAGUUACAAGGGGAUGGGCCAUGGCGUGGGAGCUCUGCGAAAACUCCCAGCUCUCCCACCGACCUUGGGCCCAUCUCUACAGGGGAGAGUGGCUCCCUUUCCUGCCUCCCGAGGGCUGUGAGGCCAGAUUCCCCAGCCUCGGUGGGGUGCUGAGAUACUCCAGUGAUGGGUCUGAAUGCACUCUGGGAGCUGCACCCACUGGGUCCUGCCAAGCAGCAUUUUCAGUGCCUCUCAUUCUACAUCACCUGAGUAAGGUCAGUGGCUUAAAAGUUCCCCUUGUGCAGGAGCUGCCCUCGGGCCUGCAGUGCCCAUCCCAGUUCUGCAGAGCUCUGGGUCUCUGUGUCUUAACUCAGUGAACCCUGGUAAGUGGGGUUAGUCACUUAUCUUGGAUCAUGUAAUUAGAGAGAUUAUUUUCUUACUAGCACGUAAAAAAAGUGCAAUUUCCAGUUCACAGUAGCCUCUCCCUUGGAGCUAAUGCUGUCCGCUAUGGAGCGACAGCCAGAACUGCUCUGGUCUAUGUAAGCCUCUCCGUGUCACGCCACUUCGGCUGCAGCCUGCAGUGCCUGGGAACGGCCAGGGAGACAUUUGAUACAAAUAAAAAUGGGGUGGAGACCCAAUCUGUUGCCCUGAGUGAAAGUGGUUCAUGGGCAAAGUGCGUUGGGUGGGUGUAGGGUGACCAGACAACAAGUGUGAGAAAACGGGACGGGGGUGGGCGUAAUAGGAACCUAUAUAAGAAAAAGACCCCAAAAUUCAGACUGUCCCUAUAAAAUCGGGACAUCUGGUCACCCUAGGUAAGUGGCUGUAGCGGCACAGCCGUGGUCCCUGCAUGGUCACCGAGUGACACCUAGCUACUGGAACAACCGAACCCCUUGCUGUCUCCUGACUUCGGCAGGGACACCAGGAAGAAGCUCAGCCCCUGGCUAUGUCCUCCUUUGGCAUGGUGCAAAUCUGGGGUGCAGGGGCCUGCCCUAGAUUACAAACAGUCAGAGCCAUCACAGGCCCCAUUCCUGAGCUGCUGCUCUGUAGCUGCCGUUCUCUCUAGUCCCGGAGCCCUGCACCAAGAGUGUCUUUUGGAAGGAUGGUGCACACCCAGAAAUCAGCCAGUCGUUCUUAGCAGUGCUUGCUCUGAGCUAGCGUUCAGUAUCCCAAGCAAUGAGGCUUCUAGCAUGUGUCUAGCUUGACUAACCUUCUUUCAGAGGUGAAUGACAAUAUUUGCGAAGGGCUUUGAAGAUGAGCAUCCCAGAGGCUGGAAGGUUUUGUGGCUAAAGCCCAGGACUGGGAAUUGGCAGAUCUGGGCCCCUCCUUGGCUGUGCCACAGACGUCUGUGUGACCUUGGGCAAGACACAUGACUUGAGAUUAGAGACCUGGCUGCUGGACAAAGAUCAGGGUGAGGGAAGUGGAGUGUUUGUGAGCAGCAUGUGAUUCUAGAGCAGAGAUAGUGAAGGGACAAGUGCCCCCUAGUACACAGAUCCAUAGAGCUUCAAAGUGUCACAGAACCGGUAACCAACACCCAAUUCUGCCACUGCUGUUCACAGGAGUUUGCUCCCACGGGAGUUCCAUGCUCCCUGAGUGGAUUAGGCCUCACACUGCCCACUUUGCAUGUGGGGAAACUGGAGAGAGAGAGUAAAUGACUUUAAAACUUCCCUGGUAGGCGGGGACCCCAUCUAAGUGGCUGUCCUGUUGAUGCAACACAAAUGUCCCCUUGGGUCAACGGAUUGGUGUCUCCACGAUUCCAGAUCAAUGCGACUCAACUCGCAUGGCAGAAGAGCCUUUUUAUUUUUGCCCAAACUCUCCCAAGGAUCUGAAGGUCAAGCUGGGUUCCCCUGCCUCCCUCAGCAGCCCCAGCAAUGCUGGUUCUGCAGUUGGACCCUGGUUGUCCCUUUUUCUGGUGCACAAGAGGGAACAGAAUCCUUCUAGCUGUCCUGCAUCCAGGCAGUUCCUGCAGGGCCAAGGACUUGGUGGUGUCAGCCAAGGCUGCAGGUCUGUCAUGAAGACACAGAAAGGGGCAGAGACAGAGCACAGCCGUGUGAAAUAUUUGCCUUAUCAUUAAAAUUCCCACCGGAACUCAAA